CUUUUAUAAAACAAUGUUUAAGAUCUAGUGAGGAAGAAUUGCCCCCUCCCCCUUUUUCAUAAGAGGAAGGUAAAAAGAAGAACUAGUUUUGACGUUUCCCGGAUAUAAUAGGUCAGCAACAUUGUAAAAAAGAAGAAUAAAAUGAUGCAUCUAAUCAGAUUCAUACUAAUUGUAACAAUGUUAGUUAUGGUGGUCAGUUCUGAGACGGAACCUGGCACUUGUGUCAUUGAGAAAAGAUCAUGUUCUGCAGAAAAAUGUGAACUACAGUUAACAGCAUAUUGUAUGGAAAGAGUUGAAGCUGUACAGUGGUAUCAUGGUAGAAAACAAAUCGAAACUGUUAAGGACACACAAUACACGGGAUCGUUGAAUGAAACCAUGGUCCGCUGUAGUUCUCAAAUUCCAUGUGUACGCACCAUUAUGAAGCUGAUCAUGACUCCGUUUUUACCACGUGAUUAUGGAAUGUACAGAUGUGUCUUGACGACACAUAAGAAAGAAAUUCGCUGUGAAUCCAAUUUUACACUAAAACUUUCAAAUCCGAUUUUAACAGGAAAAGGAGAUUCUGGAAGUGUACAAAUAAAAACCAACUAUAUAUACAUUGCCAUAGGCGUUGUUGCAGGCUGCGGUUUGAUGAUAGUUAUACUCCUUAUUGCCGUGAUUAAACUGGCACGAGGGAGACGACAAGGAAGAGUUAUGGAAAGCGAAAUGAACGCCCAGAACAAUAGAAAAGAUAGUGCUGGCCAAUCACAUCAUACCUACGCGUCAAUUGGUUCUGAUAUCGCUCAUUAUGAGAGUCUGUCGGGUAGAAGAGGUACAAAGGAGGGCUAUGAUUUUCCAAAGCCAGCAGUUUCGAUAAGGAAAGGUACAAAAGAGGGCUACGAUUUUCCAAAGCCAGCAGUUUCUAUAAAGAAAGAUUCCGAAGGUUAUUUGAAACCAGAAACUUCUGGUAGACUGUCAGAAAACGCAGAACCGGAAGUACCAGAUGACGACUACAGUGAUUUCACUAUGGAUUCUGCUUUUUCAUCGUCGACAUUUUCAUUUUCCCAAGAUGACAUCGAGGCUUAUAGCAAACGAAAGUAUUCGGCUUCAAAUACUCAGGACAUGGAUCCAACCUAUACAGUAGAAAAUAUCCGAAGAAAGUCAAGUAAAGCGUUGUCGAACCCAGAAUACACAGCCGGUGUUUUCCAGAAAUCUAAGUCGCAGAAAGCUGGGAGUCCAGUUAAAGGGUCAGAACGAGGUCAAGGGUCAGCGAGAAGAAAAGAAGAAUCUUGUGAUUACCAAAAUAUCAAAAAGACAAGAAGACUUACAUGAGGGAGAAUUGUUAUUAAGACACUUAAUUAGACGUAAGGAACAGAGGAACUAAUAAUGUAGAUUAAAAUGUGGUUUUCUCUAUCAUGCAGGAACUAUGGUUACUUAAAAACUGGAAUUAUAAUUUAUUAAACGAAAAAUUGAUAAAAAAUAAAAUGAUUUUUUUUUAGUAUCA